AUGCCAAUAAACAUUAAUGAUCCUUUUAUCUAGAAAUCUUCAAGUAGGGGUAAUCUGCUUUAAGACAAUCCUAAAAAAAAGGAUCUUUUUGACUUAGAUGAGAUUCUAAUGAUUGAUAGUAAGGGUGCGGAUUCUGAAAUGAAGGGAGAUCCGAUUUUAGUUUUUGAAAUGCCAAAGAAAGAAUAAAACUCUGUUGAGUUAAAACCCACUCCUUCAUUUAGGAGUAAUUUUGAUUACAAAUUUAAUUUUAAGUCGGAAGAGGAUAAAAUGGAGGAAAUUUAGGAAGAUGAUGAAAACUUUAGCAUAGACGAAGAUAGAAUAGAGACCUCUAAGGUUUAGUUUGUAUCCCAUUAAGAUCCAGUUAUUCAUGCAAAGCCACGGCAAAAUAAAAAAACUGAUUAGAAAUUACUAAUCAACUCCUCAUUACAUUAAUUAUUUCAAUCUGAAGACAAUUAAUCCAAUUAUGAUGAAGAAUCAGAGAAAUUCAAACGAGAUUCUAAAACAUAAAACGAUGUAGUAACUUAAAACAAUCCUAAUGAACAUAAUGAUGAUAAAGAUGAUAAAAUUUAGAUUGAUAAGAUCUAAAACAAACUGACGUUGACAAAAGACCCUGAAAAGGUAUUGAAAGAAAAUUAUGUCGAUUUUUCUAAUUCAUAAAACUUGGCUCUUGCCGAGGAACAAUUUUAAAAAAUGGUUAUAAAGUACAGUGAGAGGAGUUUUGGCGAAGAGUCAACAGAUUUAAAUAUGCUUUAGAGAUAGAGUUCCUUGGUAUAUUUUAUUUUCAUGGCAAAUCUUUGUUUAAUAGCAUUUCUUGUUUUACUUUACUUAAAGCUUAGUGGCAGAAUCUCAGCUGAUUUGACUUAUAGUUAGCUGUUUAUUCCAUUAGAAUUAUCAGUUUUACUUGUUUAUGGAGUUUUGAGCUCUUUGUAUAUCCAUGAUUUCUAAUCUACCAAGUAACUCAAUGUGGUAAUGAGUGUUUUAAUAAUUAUCAUGUUUGUUAGUUUGGAACUAAGCCUCUUAUUCCUUGGGAUAUUUUUGAAUGAUAAUAAAGUGGGGUUUUAAAAGUUUAUAUCACCGGCAUACAUAUGCUACAUUGCAUUGUUUGCUACUUUUAUCUAUAUUCUACCUGGUUUAUUUAACAAUAAACCGAGAGUAGCCAUUCUAGGUAUUUUGCACAUGAUUGGAUUAUUUUCAUUUUUAGCGUUUCUAGAAGCAAAAUAUGAACAUUAAACCAACAUCUACACAUAAGUUUGCCUAAUACCACUACUAGCAUCAUUCAGUGUGCAUUUCAUCUCAGCUAAUGUAACUUACUUUUGCAGCACAAAAACUGAAAGCAAGGAAGAGUUUGAAGUAGUCAUUGUAGACCUUAUUUUAAUCGAGAUAAUUCUUGUUAUUCUCUAUCUUGAAUGCAUUUUAUAAAAUUUAGCUGUUGCAUUCCUGCCUGUGAGUAUUGCUUUGAUUUAUUAGUUUGUAAAGUUUGUGGAAUAUGUUACGCUUACAAAAAAUCCUUGA